GGCUGCCUUUUGGCGCAUGCGCAUCAUGAUCGAGCGGUGGCAAAAGGGAAAAGACCGAAGAUGGCGGACCGCGUGGCUGUGGCUUCCCGGAGAUUAGAAAAGUUUCAAACCUAAGAUAUAAAGGCGACGGUUCGUCUUUUCUAAAGCCCACUAAAUGGAAGUUUAGUUAGGAGCGAUGGAGUGAAGAUUGAAGACGUGAUAGAAGAUGGACGACUACUGCUAUGCUAAGAUGGCGACGUCCGGUAAAAGAGAACAUGAAAGAGAAUCACCUCCCAGCAAAUCACCAACGGAUAAUAAGACACAAUCUGCAGAUGAAGACGUCCAGCAGCUGAUUGGUCAUCCAGAAAAACGUCCCAGUCAGUUGGGUCAGAGCUCAAUUUUGAAUCAGGAGACUCUACAGCCACCCCACGUUAAGAAAGAAGAGGAGAAACUCUGGAUCACUCAGGCGGGAGAGUGUCUUCUAGGACCACAGGAGGCUGAUCUCACCAAAUUUGCACGGACUGUUGUCUCUGUGAAGACUGAAGAUGAUGAAGAGAAACCACAAGUAGACAACCGUGUAGCUUCACUAUUAGAUAGUGAGGCUGAAGACGGGGUUAAAAAACCUUUCAGCAGCGAUACAGACUGUGAAGGUGAUAUGAGGACUCACACUGACAACAAACACUCUGAAUGCUCUAAAAAGAAGAGAGACGUCCAGCAGCUGAUUGGUCAUCGGGAAGAACUUUCUCCUCAGUCGCACGGGGGGAGCUCCACUCUGAAGCAAGAGACUCCACAGUCACUCCACAUUAAAAAGGAAGAGGAGGAACUCUGGAUCACUCAGGAGGGAGAGUCUCUUUUCGAACCGGACAAGGCUGAUCUCACUAAGUUGCCAUUGACUGUUGUCUCUGUGAAGACUGAAGAUGAUGAAGAGAAACCACAACUACACAACCUCUUAACUCCACUAUCAGAUAGUGAGGCUGAAGACGAAGUUGAAGUAACUUUGAGCAGCGAUACAGACUGUGAAGGUGAUUUGAGGACUGACACUGACAACAAACACUCUGAAAGCUCCAAAAAAAGAGGUAAAACGUGUUUGAGAUGCUCGAUUUGUGCUAAAAGUUUCACUAAAAAGUACAAUUUGACUCAACACAUGAGAAAACACACAGGAGAAAAACCAUUUAACUGUUCAGUAUGUGGUAAAAGCUUUAUGAUAAAGGGCCAUUUGACGCAACACGUGAGAAUACACACAGGAGAAAAACCAUUUAAUUGUUCAGUUUGUGGUAAAAUCUUUUCUCAAAAGAGCAAUUUGACUCAACACCUAAGAACACACACAGCAGAUAAACCAUUUAAGUGUUUAGUUUGUGGUAAACGCUUUACUCAAAAGAUCAGUUUCAUUCGACACAUGAGAAUGCAUGCAGGAGGGAAAUCAUUUAACUGCUCAGUUUGUGGUAAAAGCUUUUCCAUAGAGGCCCAUUUAAAUGAACACAUGAAAAGACACACAGGAGAAAAACCUUUUAACUGUUCAGUUUGUGGUAAAAGCUUUUCUAAAAAGUGCCAUGUGACUCAACACAUACUGACACACACAGGACAAAAACCAUUCAAUUGUUCAGUUUGUGGUAAAAUAUUUUCUCAAAAGAGCAAUUUGACUCAACACAUAAGAACACACACAGCAGAUAAACCGUUUAUGUGUUCAGUUUGCGGUAAAAGCUUUACUCAAAAUAGCAGUUUCACUCGACACAUGAGAACACACACAGGAGAGAAGCCAUUUAAUUGUUCAGUUUGUGGUAAAAGCUACACCCAAAAGAACAGCUUCACUCGACAUAUGAGAACACACACAGGAGAGAGGCCAUUUAGUUGUUCAGUUUGUAGUAAAAGCUUUUCUCGUAACAGCUAUGUGACCCAACAUAUGAGAACACACACUGGCGAAAAACCAUUUAAAUGUUCAGUGUGUGGCCAAAGAUUCCAAAGUAACGCACGCGCAGUAAAACAUAAAAGAACACACACGGGAGAAUAACCAAUCGGCUGUUUAAUUUGUGGUAUGUUGCUCUUAUGUGGCGACAUCCACCCUACCCAGGACCUCCUCUAAAUAAAUUCACCCUCUUUCAUAAAUAUCGGAGACUUUUGUACAAAUUGGGAUUAUUUGGAGCUUAGUCGUAUCUCCUCAUGACCCCAUGUCUUCUGUGUAUAUAACUUUCCUGAAUAUUUAAAAUAGAUGAUGCUUGGUUACCCCUUCAGACGUGACACACUUGGGACGUCAUAUAUUAAGACUUGUGUAGAUUUCCUACUAAUAAAAAGGUAUACGUUUAACAGACAACGUCGUACGCACACACAAAAAGGUAGCCGCUGCAAUGAUACACUAAACUUUACAAGAGGUGGGUGACUCUGAUUACCCCCAAGAUAUAUACUUUGUGUAAUUUAUUUUAAAAAUGUGUGUAAUUAGAGUAGCCUAUUCUCAGACAGAUUAGAUUAUCAUGCAAAAAUAUUGUAAUAUUUGGUUUAAAAUAUUUUAAAUUUAAACAUUGCAGUACAUCAAAAAAAGAUAUGAAAGACUUUGUCUCUUGUUUUAUUGUGUGAAUGCUUUGGAGCAUAUGGUUUUCUACACCAAAAUGAAUCUAUUUAUUAUUGAACUUCAACUUUUUCUUCUCCAGAUUUUGGCGUGCUCUACCUUCCACAUUUUUCACCCAAUUCAAACUGUUCCAACUUCAAACUGUUCAGCCUAUUCGGGAAUUGCGGGCUUUUCCUUAACAAUUUCCAAAAAUUCCCAGAUUUCCUAGAAUUCCAGGUUUUCCGGGGCAUUUUUCCCAUUCAAAAAAUGAAUUGGCCAUUUUUCAAACUUUCACCAUUUCCACAUUUUUCAAACCAUUCCACCUUCAACACAUUACACCAUUCUGGAAAUUCAAACUACCAUUUUUCCAAGUUCAAAAAAAAUUCCAGGAUUUCCCAAAAUUCAUGGUUUUCCAAAGCCCUAUUUUCACCCUUUUUUCUGGCAACUACUCCUCCCACAUUUUUCAACCGUUCUACCGUCAAAACAUUCCUCUUAAUUAGGACAAAAAAUAAAGUUUUCCCAAAUUCCCAGUUUUCCCAAAAUUCCAGGAAUUCCGUAAUUCCAUUUCUCAAUUUAACAUUUUACUACUUCAACAUUUCUCGGCCGAUUUGAACAUUUUCAACACCAACUGUUUCAACUCAUUCAGACCAUUCAAGUUAUUUACCAUUGUCAAAAAAAUUCCCGCUUCUUACGAAAUUCCCAAAUUGUUUGGAAAUUCCCAUUGAAAUCAAUGGGACAUUUUUCAAAGUUCCCCAAUUCCCACAUUUUUCAUCUGAUUCAAACUGUUCCAACUUCAAAAUAUUCAGCCUGUUUGGGAAUUGUGUGCUCUACUUCAACAAUUCUAAAAAAAAAUUCCAGGAUUUCAGUUCAACUUCAGCAUUGGAUCAUUCACACGCAAUUCCUUCAGGAAUUGCCUCAUCUAGUUACUCAAUAUUAUAUUACAUCAUCUCCCUGUAUUUUCUGUUCAUGGGAAUCAAUGUAGUAUGAGAGCACAGAUAUUCAUCAGAAAUAGAUCAAUAGAAGCCCUGAAGGCUUUGAGGGAAAAGACUUAAAGAUUCAAAAAUGGGAUGAAGUGUACAAAGAUGACUUCACAUGACUCCUUUAUGAGUAUUUUGUUUGGUCUGUACAAGAUCUGUAAAAAUAUAAAACAUGGAGGCAAUGGCAAGCAAAAGUCAAUUAACGCACAAAGGAUGAUGAAUAGGAUAAACAUUUUAAAGAAUGUUUUUAUAGUCAAAGACAAAAUAUAUAGAAGAGGCAUAAAGAGAUAUAAACAAAUUAAUGUGGAUUAUGAGAAUACAUGAAAAUGAAUAUUAUGGUCAAUUGUUAAAAAAAAAUAAAGAUAAUACAAAAAAAUCAUGGGGCAUAAUUAACAAAUGAAAAGAACAACGUAAAAUUCCAAACUAUUGCAAUAAAUAUGACUAAUAUGUUUACGACAAAAAUGAUACAGUAAAUGAUUUAAAUAUUUUUUUGUGUACAUCGGUCCUAUUUUGACUAAACAAAUGUCAAAAGUUAAAGUUGAUAAUAGGAUAGUAAAAACAAUAAUAUUAAAACAAAUUGGGCGGCGGUGCCCAAAUAGGACUUGAAACGACUACGUAAACAAGAACCUGUCAUUCAUGAAGAGCAUCAUAAAUGUAGGCAUUUACAUACAUUUGUCAUUUGUCAUUCAUGAAAGGAGUGUUCCUAGAUCAUACAAAAACUGCUCAAAAUAUAUGAUAUCAAUCAUAUUUCUAUGGUUUCCAAACUGUUUAGGUGUAUUCUAUUUGCGGAUGACACAACCUUGUUUUACUCAGGACAUUGAAACGGAAUUUAUCAAAAUUCAAAGAUGGUUUGAUAUUAAUAUGCGAUCUUUGAAUGCUAAGUUUAUGAUUUGUAGUAAAAGAAGUGUGGAUGCCUCAUAUGAUGGAGUUGAGAUUCAAAUACGUUUUAUGGGUGUCAUUAUUGAUGACAACUUGUCAUGGAAAUCACAUAUAAAUGAUACAAAGGUUAAAAUAUCUAAACCCAUUUUUAUUUCACACAAGGUGAAGGAGUUGCUGAAUCAAAAAGCAUUCUGUAUUUCGUAUAAUUCACUGAUAGUUUCAUGUGUGACAGCCUAUGUUGAAGUGUGGGGUUGUGCCUGAAAAACAUGCAAAACCAAUCUUCCCUUUACAGAAGAGAGCUGUAGGACUCAUUAGUGGAAAUGGAACCAGGGGACCCACAAACCCAAUUUUCAAACAGAAGAUGCAUUACAAUCAAAUGUGUUAGUUUAUGGAACAAAACAACGUUAAUCUCUUUCUGUAUUUAAAAAAAAAAACAUACUCUUUUGAGUAAACUGAUGUUAUAGAUUUUUUGUUGUAUGCUAUGAAAUAGAAAUAUGGCCUUAAUAGAGAGAGAGUUCAAUAACUCAUGUACAGUAUGUGUGUGAUUCAGGGGAAGAUAUUCGGUGAGCAUACUUAUUUCUGCUCCUUAUCAUUUAUGGUUUCUUUUAUUGUUCAAUUGAUUGUUUUUAUUUGAUAUUGAGUGAAUACCGUAAUUUCCGGACUAUAAGCCGCUACUUUUUCCCCUCGUUCUGGUCCCUGCGGCUUAUACAAGGGUGCGGCUUAUUUACGGCCUGUUCUUCUCCAACACCACAAUCGUUUUUAAUCAUAUUUAUUUUUUAUAUUGUCUCUGUAUUGGUUUUCUAUUCAUUUAUUCUUUGUUUUUAUUCAGUCAUUGGUGUAGCAUAAUAUUGUUUUUAAUAUUGUUUUUAAUAUAGUUUUUAAUAUUGUUUUUAAUAUUGUUUUUAACAUGGCUGUGCAGCACUUUGGAAACAUUCUUGUUGUGUAAAUGUGCUAUAUAAAUAAAGUGGAUUGGAUUGGAUUGAACACCGACGAAGAGGAUUUCGGUGGUUUUAGUACGCAGGAGGAAGACGAUGACACAAUGAUUAAAGACUGACUUUUCAUAUACCGGUAGGCUGGUUAUUUUGAUAACGUACAGGUGAGCACUUUGUAUUACUUUGCACCGUUGUAUUAUUUGUACUCUGCACGAAUGCUGUUCGCCAUGUCAAAGAUGUGAAAGUUUGAUUGAAUGAUUGAAAGAUUUAUUGUUAAUAAAUGGGACGCUUUGCGUUCCCAAACAG